AUGCUGAGGAUAUUAGAGAGGGUCGCUGGGCCCAACACUAGAUCUGGGGGUCGAGGGUCGAUUACGAAACGACUCCGGUCCAAUAGGGUUGAGCUAUUCGAGGGUGUCACUGGAGUCGCUCCUAGCGUGGCCGAGUACUGGAUGGAGGCCAUGGAAAGAAUCAUGGAUGAUCUGGACUUUACCCUUGAAAAUAAAUUGAAAGGGGUUGUUUCCUUGCUUCGCGAUGAAGCAUACCUAUGGUGGCUGACCGUUAAGGAGGGCACUCAGCCCGAACAACUGACUUGGGAUUUCUAUAAGUCUUUUUUUCAAGGUAAAUAUGUGGUGGCAAGCUACAUUGACACUAGAAGAUGUGAGUUUCUGAAUCUUACGCAAGGGGAUCGUUCAGUGGCCGAGUGUGAGGCCCAGUUUCUAAGAUUGAGCCACUAUGCGCGAGGCAUGGUGGCGACUGAAUAUGAACAUUGUGUCCGCUUCGAGGAUGCACUCAAGGACAAUUUAAGAGUUCUGAUAGCUCUGCAAAGGGAGCGUUACUUUUUAGCACUGGUAGAGAAGGCAAAGAUCACCGAGAAGGUGAAGUGUAUUGAGCGCAAAAAUCUUGAUAAGGAGAGAGGCAAGAAUAAGAGGGGUUCGGAGCCGUUGAGUUCUGCAAUGAGGCCUAAGAAAAAGGUCAGAUCUGGUGGGCCAGUUAGAGUUGGGGCCCUUGUUGCACCUACUGGGAUCACAUUUUGUGGGCAUUAUGAAAGACGCCAUCCGAGCGAAUGUUGGAAGACGACUAGGGCUUGUUUAAGAUGUGGGUCUACUAAGCACCUUGCUCGAGAGUGUCCGUUGAGGGCCGAUCAGGUGCAAGCUAUGGGUUCUGGUAUUGCACAACCAUCGGGGGUAGUUCAGCAGCCGCCUAGGUGCCGUGGUCAGGCUAGGGGUGGUAAUGGUAUGGGUCGGGGGCAGAGAGCACUGGGCAGAGGUGUUGGACAGGCUGAGGCGAGAAAGCUGGCCCUAGUUUAUGCUAGUCGUCGUCGAGAGGAUAGAGAUGCUCCGGACGUCAUCACGGGUACGUUCUUUAUUUUUGAUCUGCCUUACACUACGUUGAUAGAUUUAGGAUCUACGUAUUCCUCUGUUGUCUGUUCUGUUCCCAAAACCAUAGGGAUUUCGGUUGAAAGUUCUUCUAGUGAGGUGACUAUACUGAGGUCAUUGGGGCAAUCUUGA